AAACAGUCAUGGCGGAUCCGAGGCUCGAGAAGGACGUCUCAAACGGUGUAGAUGAACAUGCCGAAUUGAAAGAGCAUGUUUACCUUGAAGAAACAUUCUAUAUUCUUUCGAAAAAAAAUUCAGUGUUUCGCGUCCAACUUACGUCCAAAGGGUUAACGUUAACAAAGGAAACAGAUGGGAACUCGAAAGAGCAAACGAUUCUGCUGCGCGAUAUCGUCGGCAGCAAGUGUAUGAGGAGCAAAAGACGACGACCAGGAGCAGGAUCCUGCGUGUGCAGUUUCGUUAGCCAGCAGCAGCUCAAGGUCGUCGAGGAGAACAGCGGUGACCUCGACGAGAACGAUAUCAGCGCGUACCUGUACAUCUACGCCUAUAUUUUGAAACGGAGCCGCCGCACUAUGAAAAGGGAGAGAACAACAAUAACGUUGAGGUUCAGAUCGUUUGAUAAGUACGAAGAUAAUAACAAAGAGGCGCAGAAGUGGAGAUCGACAAUAAAAUGUCUGAUAGCGGAUCAGCCGAUCACUUAUGUUCCGCCCGCGAAUGAUAAGAAGUUGUUGAUAUUGUUGAACCCUAAGUCGGGGCCGGGGAAAGCGCGGGAGCUGUUUCAGACGAAAGUGGCACCUAUUCUGCAGGAGGGAGAGAUUCCGUAUGAUCUCCACGUGACUAAAUACGCCCAGUACGCCAGGGAAUUCGUCCGUACGAGGAAUGUAUAUGGUUGGCGCGGGAUCGUGGCGGUGGGCGGCGAUGGCGUGUUGUUCGAAAUCCUGAAUGGAAUGUUCGAGAGGCUGGACUGGCAGGAGGCUUUGGCUGAAGUGCCACUCGCGAUCCUGCCUUGCGGCUCUGGCAAUGGACUGGCCAGGACUAUUUGCCAUUUAUACAACGAACCGUACAUUCCUCAGAACCUGACCGGGAUGGCCAUGGCCCUGUCUCGGGGGAAAUCGGCGCCUAUGGACGUCGUUCGAGUAGAAACUAAGACACAAAUUAUGUUCUCCUUCCUAUCGGUCGGGUGGGGCUUUCUAUCGGACAUCGACAUCGAGAGCGAGCGGUUACGGGCCAUCGGCGGGCAGAGGUUCGCGCUCUGGGCGCUCGCCAGGAUCGUAGGGCUUCGGCUGUACAAAGGCACAGUCAGCUACGCGCUUAUCAAAGACAUUAGUAACCUUCCCAAGCCUAAACAGCCCCUAGUCCUCAGCCACAGUAUCAGUCAGGACGGAGCGUUAGAUUCGCCUGAAGCAGAAGCCUUCAUCGAUUGCGACGAGCAAGACUCUAAUGUCUGGACGAGCUCCGCGGGCGGACCGGGCCGACACCAACGCGUAGACUCCUGGUAUUCCGUCAACUCCCGCCGCAGCGCGUUCUACAGCACACGAGGCUCCGAGUACCACAGCGUGACUAGUGCCGGCUCCGAAAUGCGAUCACCCGUCCACGCGUGCAUGCACGGCCCCGCGCCCCAUCUACCGGCGCUCAUGUCCCAGCUCCCCGCACACUGGACGCACGAACACGGAGAAUUCGUCAUGGUACACGUUUCUUACCAAGCGUACAUCGGCGAGGAUCUGCUCUUCGCGCCGCGUUCGCAGCUUUCAGACGGAGUGAUGUGGAUGCUCAUCAUCAAAGCCGGUAUAUCUCGAUCUCAGCUGCUGUCGUUCCUACUGGGCAUUAACAAUGGCAACCACGCGGAGAGCAACAACGAAUACAUAAAGCUGAUCCCUGUGAGUGCGUUCAGGAUUGUACCGGAAGGUCCGGGCGGCACGCUCACGGUGGACGGCGAGCUGGUCGAGUACGGGCCCAUCCAGGCCGAGGUGUUCCCCAACAUAGUCAACGUCCUCGUCCCCGACCUCAAAUAACACCACAAGUAUUAGCUACUUAAGCGGAUUGAAAAUGACUGAUUUUAGUUACCUUAAACUACUUAACCGAGCCGCGGUUGUCGACGCUGAGGCUCUCGCGGCAAGUAUUCGUUGAUGGUUGUGUUAAGAAAAUGUCUAAAUUCCACACCAAAGCCUUUAUUUCAAUACGGACAUUCCAAGAACAUUAGUGAUUUAGUUUUAAAGUACGCAUAAAAAAUUGGUUCCACGGCUAUAUGUGAUAAUUUUUUGCAUGUAUCGCUUGUUAACAAUUGCAACUAGUCAAUGUUUUCGAAUCUUCGAAAGUAAGUGCCAAAAGACGCGCACUCUAAAUAUUUUACUUGUGCAACUUUCUAUGGAAUUGAUAUACAAGUAUGCUCAAGAUUUUUUAUUGUUGCAUAAUGAGCAAUCGAUAAGCUAAUGAAGUGAACUGCAAUAAUGGAAAGACGUCCAUCGUAAUUAUCUCUCAUUCCAUUCCAAGUUUGAUUUCAACAAGGACCAAUUUAUUCGUAUUGUAUAAAUAAUGUGUUUUAUACAAUUAAUUACAUGUAAUGUUUACUUGCCUUUUUGUAGAUUUUUAUGUUGUUUAAGACCUAAUUAAAUAAUUAGUGCAAUGGUUUGGGUUGGGAUGUUUGGGAAUACUUAAUUUGUAUUAGGUUUGUUAAGUGUAAUUUAAACUAUUGUAAUGUUUAAAACUUUCUGUGAUAAUAAUUAAUUCUGCCAUAAUUAUUUAUUUCAAUCGAUCUGAUCGAUUACAAGUUGUGGUGACAGCAGCGGGGAGACCCACCCCAGCUAGACGCCUAAUUUAAUUUAUAAUUAAUUCAUAUUACAAAUUAUUGGAGGGUUUAGUAUUAAUUUUUAAAACCUAAGUGUAAGCGCAAAUGUAUUAAAUAUUAGACCUAUUAAUUAUGCCUAUACUUACUUUUUGUUAUUUUUGUAGUUUAAUCAGCUUUUCUUAUUGCCACAAAUAAAAUCUUCUUUUUAAAUACUUUUUAUAUUAAAAGUAAUCAAAGUAUGUCUGUAUUGUUCUUGCUGAAUUAAAUAUAAGAAACAUUUUUUUUUGAACGGGUAACACUUUAUUUACAUACAAGAUAUAAACAGUGGUACUACGUAAACGAAAUUAAUAACUAGCUUAAACCAAAAAUAGGCCCUUGAGGCAUUGUACCAAGGAUGCUGGCGGCAUUUCCCCGCUGUAUCGCAAUGCUGAUACGUUGUGCGAGGAAGCCGCCAGCUCUUCGGUCACCAGUUACGUCAACCAGACGCUUCGCGAUUUCUGCAAACAAACAUUAAUUGAUGAACUUAGAUUCAUUUCUUUACAAAGUACCAAAAAAUUUUUGUAAGUUUUAUAAAAGCAGCUUAAGCAUUUCUUGAUACAUUUCCGUAGAAACUUAUAAGCACUGUUAAUUCACUAAGUAUUUUUGUUAUGUUUUUCCAUUCUACAUUCUAUUCCUCAUGAUUUUAAGCAAUGUUUAACAUAAGGAUGUAUAUUAUAAGUAGAGUAUGAAGUAAAUAAAUGGGUUUUAAGAAUCUAGUACAAAUACAAAUCUGCUAGGUACUAUAGCGAAAAAUGCAUAAUGCUUAAUUCUGGGAUCUCCGUUUACUGAUCCUCUUGCCAACUAUUAUGUUAUCCUUAUGUCAUUAUCAAUAAGGACUAUUAUUUGGAAAGGAAGCAGACUAAGCUCAAUGUAUGUAUUUUUGAAAAUUAUGACAAGCCAAGUUUUAAUGAAAUAAUAAUUUAAGGCUUAAUAUCAUUAGAUUUUUAUAAGAAAUAAAAUAAUUCAAUUCCAAGGUAUGUUAAAGAAAUUAUACUGCUAAAAUGGUAAAUGAACCUUUUUUUUAAAUGAAAUUUGAAAACUUGAUUCUUUAAAUCUGUACAUUCUUGGGCUCAUUCUACUCAGAAUCGACAGCAUUCUCCAUCCUGCCAUUAAAAAAAGAUGUCACAAAAUGUCCAUUCCAUUACGUCACGUUUUAAUGUGAACAAAUUUUUCACGUAUAUGUGCGUGACGUAGUGGAAUGUACAAUUUCAUACAAAUUUUUGGAACAUUCUUUUUAUCAUCAGGAUUCAAUAUGCUAGUGAUUCCGAGUUAAAAGAACCCAAAAACACCAGGAUCUGUGAGAAUCAGGUUUUCAAUAUUUAUUUUAGAAAACGCCCAAAUGGGGUUUGUUCAUCCGGAACUAUGGAUGAUUGGUAUCCAAACGAAUUGGGAAUACAAGACCAAAGUCAUGUUGACUUUGAAUAGCAAUUUCUCUAGUAAAGAAAUAUCAUUUAAUUGUUAUUAAUCAAGAAUUUUAAACACCAUCGGAUUUUGUGAACAAAUGUUAUUCAAAUUCCAAGUUUAUGAAACUGUUGUCAAUAAAUUAUUAUUCAAAACUAAA